AUUGAAAAUGUUAAAAACUCAACAAAGCACAGUUCAUUAUUAUGAAGACGGAGAUAUAUUGGUUACUGUUCAACACACGGUAUUUCGUCUUCAUCAAAAUUUUUUAGCUAUGGCUUCAAGAGUAUUUGAAGACAUGUUCGCUUACGCCACAAAAUCUGAUAUCAACAAUGAUAACAAUAAUAAUGUAUCAUGUCUCACUUUAACUGAUACUUCUGCUGCAGCGUUCGAAAAUCUUCUUACGUUCCUUUAUCCAAGAAAAUAUAUUCGAAUAAAUUGGGAAAAUGUUGCUUCAUUCUUAGAAAUUGGAGAUAAAUAUGAAAUUGUUGUUGUAAUUGGAGCCUCAGAAGAAUUCUUACAAUGUCACUAUAUGGAGAAUCCGCUCAUUGCAUUCGCUUUAGCUGAUCAAUAUGAUUUUAAAUUUGUUUAUAAAGAAUCAUCAAAACUUGUUUUAAAUAAUUUACCGAGAUUUAAAACUUCUCCAGAUUUUCAUAAAUUGUCUUAUAGAGCGUCAUCAUCUUUAUUAUCAAAACAUCUGGACUAUAUUUUAGCUAUAGGAAAUUUAUCAGAAUUAAAUAUUCAAGAAUAUAGACAUAAUUGUUCAUAUUCCGUUACUCAUGGAGAAUAUAUUCAAAGAAUUUUUGCUGAAAGAAUAAAGUCCGUACAAGGUUUUCCUGUAGUUUCGCCCACAAAUCUAUAUGAAAUUUUUUUUAAAUUUGAAGAGGACGAUGAUAGAUUUGAUAAUUGUCAGAAAAGAUUUUUAAAAACUUAUUUACCUGGAAUUUUUUCAUCCCAUUUUGGUAAUUUUGAACCUUUAAAUAACGAUAAAAACAAGCAUGAUGUCGAGCACUAUCCUUAUCUUGAAUCCGCGAAUUGACUGGGGUCUGGGGUUAUUUUUUCCUUUAUUUUUAUGUUAAUAUGUAUGUAUAUUUACUUGGUAGUUUUUGUUUUAUAAAAAAAAAUAAAAUUGAGGAAUCAAUUAACUAGGACUUACAAGCUAUAUAUAUAAAUAUAUGAUUCCAUUUUAUCGCUAAAUUUGUACGCGAAGGUUUAUUUCUCGUUAUCAUUAUUGGUUUUUAUUGCACAUUGCUUAGUUGGCGG